CUGCCUCAAACCCACACAGUACCUCUCCUUUUCCUCCUUCUCACUCUCCCUGCCUCUCUUAUUUUUCUUUUUCUUUAUUCUCUCCCUGCCUGUCCGCCCUGACCUUCACCUCUGUGCUCUCCCUCUGUACCACCAUCCCGCAACAGUUGUCACCUCCAGUGACGUUUGGCUCUCGCUCUCUCUCGCGCUCUGCCCUGGGGGUUCCGGUCCUUGCUCCAGUUGAUUCGCAAAUUUUUCUUAAUUUUCUUGUUUUUUUCCUCUUCUCUUCUCUCGGGACAGACCCCCUUUCAGAAGAAGAAACACAAAAGGGCUCUUCAACUGCGCUCAUUUGCCUCGUGUCGGAACUCUGUCAUAAACCCUUUCAAGAAUUGUGCCCCUUGCCCACCUGAUAUCCCACUUGGUCACUGUCGUUUGCGCGUGCCAGUUCUUCCAGUCAAUAACUUUCGUGUCAUUCUUUCGUCUUCCCACUCACGACCACACACCCUGUAUCAUGGAAACUGCCCAAUCACAAUAACGGUUGAAGAAAGAUAAGCACCAGGCUCGAUAGAAAUAUGGAGUCUGUUGCUACUGCCAACGGCCUGCGGGACCAGAUCGAGAAUGAAACCCUCAGAAGCGCCCUGCAGUACCUGCAGACCAGUUCACCUAUCAUCAUCGUCAUUGUUUUCGCUAUAACCUUUGUAGCAAACUCGAUCAUAUCCGCCAAACACAUCAAGAGCAAUGCUGCUGUUACGACCGGCCCUGGUGGCAGACCCCUCCCCAGGCGCAUGCGGAGUACGGCCGUGGUCACAACCCGCUUGGCACCAGAUUUCUCGGCCACGACGAAGCUCGCGUUCAAAUGGCUCUCGGUCGGCGUGCUGUUGACCUUUGUCGCCGAUGCAGCCUUGACCAUGGUCCACACCAUCUUCUAUCGCCAAGAGCAUUGGUGGGCAGGACAAUCCGUCGUGAUCUAUAUCGUGGGUUCGUUCUUCGCUUGGGCCAUUGUCUUGGUAUCUCUGGUCGAUACCACUCCGUCUCCAACCUUCGCACAACUGUACCCAUGGGUGCUAGCUAUGCCUCUGGAAGUGGCUAUCCUGGCCGCGCAUCUCGCUUUGUAUACAGGCCCUCACCAUGAACCGGCCAUCGGUGAUCCGAGCGGUGGUCCUAUUAGGAAAAGCAUCACUGGAUGGGAAUCAACAGAGGUCGUCAUCGCUAUUGUUCGCCUUUUGGCCUUCGUGGGAAUUGUCCUGCUGUAUACCUUUAGCUCUGUUGGCUGGAUGGACAACAACAAUGGGGCCGGCGAGUCCACAGAAACAACAAGAUUGCUGAGCUCCGCAUCUGCCAUUAACAACGGUACGAAUGGGUACGGAUCGUCUCACCAAAACUCCAAAGCUCAGAACCCUAAACCCGUUGAAGCAGAAGCCGCUUGGGUUCGACCAGUCUCCGUUCCUUCAACUAGUUGGUGGGAAUAUCUCAGUGGAUAUUCCAUUUUUUUCCCUUAUCUGUGGCCUUCAAAAUCUCGCCGAUUGCAGUUGACAGUGGUCUUUUGCUUUGGCCUUGUUAUAUUGCAACGAGUAGUCAACGUCCUAGUGCCGCAUCAGAUCGGUACAAUAACAAACGUCCUUUCUCAGGAUGGGGGCGAAUCCUUCUAUAUUCCUUGGGGAGGAAUAUGCCUAUACGUCUUUUAUCGCUGGCUGCAAGGAAAUCAAGGUUUGAUCGGAUCAUUGCGUUCGUUCCUCUGGAUUCCAGUCAGUCAAUAUUCCUAUAUGGAACUUUCUACUGCAGCAUUUGAACAUGUGCAUGGUCUUAGCUUGGAUUUUCACCUUGGAAAGAAAACUGGCGAGGUGAUUUCAGCAUUGAACAAAGGAAAUUCCAUAAAUACUUUUCUGGAGCAAGUGACCUUCCAGGUGGUGCCCAUGCUUGUUGAUUUGUGCGUUGCGGUCGCUUAUUUUGCUAUCGCAUUUGACGUGUACUAUGCCCUGGUGGUAACUGUGGUCACUUUUGUCUAUCUUUAUGUGACAGUUCGCCUGGCACAAUGGAGAGCAGAGAUGCGGCGACAGAUGGUCAAUGCAAACAGACAGGAGGAUGCAGUCAAAAAUGAUUCAAUGGUGUCGUAUGAAACAGUGAAAUAUUUCAACGCCGAGCAAUACGAAUUCGACCGUUAUCGUGAUGCCGUCAAAGACUUUCAGAAGGCAGAGUAUCAAGUUCUCUUCUCACUCACAUUGCUGAACACAACUCAGAACACUGUCUUCAUGCUGGGACUGAUGAUAACCUGUUUUAUUGCUGCAUUUCAAGUAGCCACAGGAGAGCGCAAGGUAGGCCAAUUUGUGGCACUGUUGACAUACAUGGCGCAGCUUCAGGGACCAUUGAAUUUCUUUGGCACAUUCUACCGGUCAAUUCAAUCUGCCUUGAUCAAUUCGGAGCGAAUGCUGGAGCUCUUUAGAGAACAGCCAACCGUCAUUGACGGUCCCUCAGCGUCCACAUUGUCGCGUUGUACUGGGGAUAUCAAAUUUAACAAUGUUGAAUUUGCAUAUGACUGCCGCAAACCGGCGUUGAAUGGCUUGACUUUCCACUGUGAGCCGGGAACCACUACUGCUCUUGUAGGGGAGUCCGGGGGUGGCAAAUCGACAGUGUUCCGUCUUCUCUUCCGGUUCUACAACGCUCUUUCAGGAAGUAUCUUGAUCGACGACCGCGAUGUUGACACCAUCACGAUUGACUCUCUUCGUAGCCACAUUGGCGUUGUUCCGCAGGAUACUGUCCUUUUCAAUGAGACUCUGAUGUACAACUUGAAAUAUGCAAACCCGUCGGCAACUGACGAAGAUGUAUUUGAUGCAUGCCGCGCUGCUAGCAUUCAUGAUAGGAUCCUUACCUUCCCAGAUGGUUACGAAACUAAGGUUGGAGAGCGUGGUCUUCGAUUGAGUGGCGGUGAAAAGCAGCGAGUAGCUAUUGCACGCACCAUUUUGAAAAACCCGCGCAUUAUCUUACUUGACGAGGCUACCGCUGCGCUUGACACUGACACAGAAGAACAUAUCCAGGGGGCCUUGUCUACUCUAUCCAAGGGGCGCACAAUGCUUGUCAUCGCUCACCGUUUAAGCACUAUAACUACUGCUGACCAGAUUCUUGUGCUUCACAACGGGCAAGUUAUUGAAAAGGGGAAUCACGAGCAACUGCUCGCGAUGAGAGGACGAUAUGCCAGCAUGUGGCGAAAGCAAAUCCGAGCACAGCGCGCGGCGGCAGAGGCGCAGGUACUGCAGGUUCGUGCAGAGCGUCUGCGAACUGCGUCCACAACAGCAGGAGGUGAGGACAGUUCAAGCCAGUCAGACGAUGAAAACGUCGGCGGCGAUGGAGCCACGGACCCAAAGCCUGUGCGUCCAUCUUUGGGCCAGCGGUCGUCUAAAAUCUCCGACACCAAGGGCCAAAGCCACUAAAUUCCGCUGCUUCAUAAUAUUCCAGUUCGAACGAUGGUUAAGACGGACAUGAGGAAGGAGAGCAAGGAGGAGAGGAGACAACGAGGGACGAAUUUCUACUUGAUGCUGAAUGCGCAUUCAACUCAUGGCAUUUACCAACGGUUCAUCAUCGGAGGCGUCAAGGUCAUUUGUCUUUUUUUUUUCUUUUUUAUGGCAUUCUCUUUCUACCCAAAAAAAAAGCACUGGGACGAAGUUCAUGAUGUUUUCUCCUCGAUAUGCUGUUUUACUGUACUCGAACGCAUCCUAGGCCAUCAAUAUCCAUUUUCUUUUCCUUCUCUGGACAGGACAGUUUAAUAUUAAUUUCAACUGCUUUUUCUGCGCAUUAUCUUUCCGGGGAGUGUGGGGGAGGGAAGGCCUAGAAUUCUUGAGUUCCAUGACCGUUAAAGUUAGCGCGUCAAU